AUGAUUUCAGCCGACUUUACCAAUGACUUCAACGAAGAAACAAAGUAUUCACUAUACAACUUCUGUAGUUCAACUUCUCCGGUAACUGUACCCGCUGAUGGGAAGACCGAGUCAACUGUGUCGCGUGAUACAGAUAAAUUAGAAACUCCAAAAAAAAUCUACAUAACAACCAAUGAGUUCCCUCUUCCCAUGAUGUUAGAGGACAUUAACUUCUUUGACCAAGGUUAUCCGAUCUGGAUAAAGAACAAUCCAUAUCGUUCGUGGAAAGUGAAGGACGAAGAGGGAUGGAGAUACCACGCGCCACAAGAACCGUACAAGAUUUUAUUGCCGCCGUAUGAGCCGGUGAUUCUUGUCGAAGAUAUAGGAAAACGAGGACAAUUUCUACCAUUCUUCACUGAUGCAUUCUUCACUGACUUUUUUAGCGAAGCUGCUUCAAUACCUUUGCCAGAAAUAACACCUGCAGAUAUUGGAAAUUCGAAGGUGGAUAAUACUUCGAUGAUUACAAAUGAGACUAUUGAUUAUACAAAUAUAAGUUCUACAAUUGCCAAGAUAGAAAACAUCAAGACGAAUCAUACCGAUGAAUCGCUCAACGAUCAUAGGAGUUCCCCAAUAACGGAAAAAACAAGCACUGCUUCGCUAAAUAUUCAUAACAAAGAACUAGAUAAUUCUAAUAUGAGUUGCAAUUGUCCGUUGACCACGUCCGCAGGACCCACUUUGGCCUCGACAUGCGGUGGCUCGUCCUUCAUGCUCUUUAUGGGGCUUCUCGAAGUCUUCUUGCGUAGUCAAUGCGACCUCGAGGACCCGUGUAACAGACCUGCGCCACCGAGCAGCGUCAAUACGAGAUACGAUUUCGUAGUGAUUGGAGGCGGUAGCGCUGGAGCGACCGUCGCGGCCAGAUUGUCGGAAGAGCCGAGAUUUUCCGUAUUGCUGUUGGAAGCUGGUUUGGACGAACCAACGGGCACCCAGAUACCUUCCUUCUUCUUCAAUUUCAUCGGCAGCGACAUCGACUGGCAGUACACCACAGAGAGCGAGGACGAAGCUUGCUUGAACAAGGAACACAAAAAAUGUUACUGGCCUAGAGGAAAAGUCCUCGGCGGUACGAGCGUUAUGAACGGGAUGAUGUAUAUGAGAGGCUCGCGCAAGGAUUACGAUGACUGGGCCAAGCUCGGCAACGUCGGAUGGUCCUAUCGCGACGUCCUACCGUUUUUUAUACGGAGCGAGGAUAAUCAGCAAGUGAACAGCAUGGAUUACGGCUAUCACGGGAUCGGCGGACCACUCACGGUUAUGCAGUUUCCUUACCACCCGCCAUUAAGUACCUCUCUCUUGGAAGCUGGAAAAGAAUUAGGAUACGAUACGGUUGAUCUGAACGGACGAACCCACACCGGGUUCGCCAUAGCGCAGACCACAUCCAGGAAUGGCUCACGUCUUUCCACAGCGCGCGCCUUCCUGCGUCCCGCUCGGAACCGUCCGAAUCUUCAUAUAAUGCUAAAUUCAACGGCGACGAAGAUCCUCUUCGACGAGAAUAACAGGGCGGUCGGUGUUGAGUUCCUUCAUGACGGAAUGAUGAAACACGUGUCGGUUGCAAAGGAGGUGAUCGUGAGCGGAGGUGCCGUUAACUCACCGCAAAUCCUCUUAAAUAGUGGCAUAGGAUCUCGAGAUGAACUCAAUACAGUGGGAGUGCCGGUUGUUCGCGAUCUCCCGGGUGUCGGCAAGAAUCUUCACAAUCAUGUUGCCUACGCGUUGACCUUCACCAUCAAUGAUACCGAUACUACUCCUCUUAAUUGGGCGACCGCUAUGGAAUAUUUGCUCUUCAGGGAUGGCCUGAUGUCUGGAACAGGAAUAUCCGAAGUGACAGCAAUGAUAAACACUAAAUACGCGAAUCCGAAAGAAGAUCAUCCCGAUGUACAACUAAUCUUCGGUGGUUACCUGGCCGAUUGCGCGGAGACUGGAAUGGUGGGCGAAAAGAAGGGUGCAAACCGCAGCAUCUACGUCAUCCCGACUAUCCUGCACCCGAAAAGCCGCGGUUAUCUACGUUUACGAAACAACGAUCCUCUCUCGAAGCCACUGAUCUACCCCAAAUACUUGACUCAUCCCGACGAUUCGGCAGCUCUCGUGGAAGCCGUUAAGUUCAGUAUCCGAUUAACGGAGACCCAGGCUCUCAAAAGGUAUGGUUUCGAGCUGGACCGAACUCCCGUGAAGAAUUGCGAGCAUCUCAAAUUUGGUUGCGACGCUUACUGGGAAUGUGCAAUUCGACAUGACACUGCACCCGAGAAUCAUCAGGCGGGAUCCUGCAAAAUGGGACCGCCAGAUGAUCCAAUGGCUGUGGUUGACAAUCAAUUGCGAGUCAGAGGAGUGCGAGGUGUAAGAGUGGCCGACACAAGCAUUAUGCCGAGGGUCACAUCCGGUAAUACGAAUGCGCCAGCGAUUAUGAUCGGUGAAAGAGCGGCAGAUUUCAUUAAGAAGACCUGGAUCGGUUGAUUCUAUGUUGUU